GUCUUUCUAGAUAAGUAUCUAUUUUUCUCGUUUUGUAUAUUUCACAUACAUAAAUUUUAUCAGAAAAGUAUAAGUUUCAAACCGCGAGAUAGCGCUACCGUCGAAACUCACAGCCAAUAGGCAAAUCAAAAUAAGCGGUACGCUACCUAGUGAGCAUAGGAGUAACUAGAAAUAUUGACAUUGUUCGUCCAUUUUGCUUUGAGUUUGUGUAUUUGUAUACAAAUAUUUACGUAUUAAAAGUAUAAGAAUUAUGAGUCGUUCAAAUCGGUAUUGUUCCGUUCCUCAGUGUUCCUCCUGGGAAAAGAAAAACACAGAUGUUACUUUCCACGCUUUCCCCCAAACCGGGGACAAAUAUCCUGUGCGGAUAGAAGGAAAAUUGGGAAGUAAAGUGUUAAUGAAGAGACAGGAAGCUUGGAAAUUAAAGCUGAAAAUUGGUAAACCCAUAACAAAAAACAUGAAAGUAUGUUCACUGCAUUUUACCGAUGAUGAUUAUUUUUAUAGGGAUUCUAGUUCAAAACAAAGAAGAUUUUUAAAAAAGACGGCCGUGCCAUCCAAAAGGCUUCCUAUUGGAUCAACUGCAAUAAAGGAAGAAGCUGAAUGUUCUAGUAGCAGGACAGAACGAUUAAACCAAAGAAAUUCCAAUAAAGAAAAUCCUGGUGUAGAAUGUGUUUGUGAAGAAAUAAAUCCUGCUGCAGAAACCUCUGAAAAUGAAAUUGAAGCAGCACAUGGCCUAUUACAGCUUCUUCAGAGUCAGCCCAAUUAUAAGGGACCCAAGUCAUUUAAAGAUUUUCAAGUCCAAGUGGAUACACCUAAAGUGUCUACUGUCUGUGAUCUAAUAACAACAGAUAGUGCUCUGAAUAGUUUUACUGGCCUCAAUAGUUUCAAAUUAUUAGAUACAAUAGUGGAAGCAGUAUGUUCAGUUUACAGUGAUCAGAGGUCACAUCGUUUAAGUAUUAAACAACGUAUCUUUUUAGUUUUCACAAAAUUGAAGUGUGAUCUAACUUAUGUAACAAUAUCGCUUUUAUUUGGCAUUUCACAAGAAUUGUGUAACAAAUACUUUAACGAUAUGUUACCCAUUUUAAGUAAAGUCUUGAGUUCAGUAAUAAGGUUUACAGAUACUACUGAAAUACAGAAAAACAUGCCUGAAUGUUUUGAAAGUUUUCAGAAUGUUAGAGUGGUAUUAGAUUGUACAGAAAUUUUCAUACAAAAGCCAAAAUGCCUUUGCUGUCGAAUUAGAUUCUAUUCUCAGUAUAAAUCUAAUAACACUGUUAAAUUUAUGACAGGUAUUUCCCCAGGAGGUUUAAUUACAUAUGUUAGUGAACCAUAUGGUGGAAGAGCCUCUGAUAAAACUAUUUUCGAACAAAGCAACAUAAUUUUAAAGUUGGAUAGUUCAAAAGAUGCUGUUAUGGUCGAUAAAGGCUUUUUAAUAGAUGAUAUUUGUAACCAAUUCAAAAUAGAAUUAAUCAGACCACCAUUUUUAAAAAAUAAAAAACAGUUUAGUACAGAUGAGGCAUUACUAAAUGCUAAAAUAGCAGCUGCUCGAGUACACAUUGAACGUGUUAACCAACGUAUUAAGAUUUUUAAAAUUUUAGGAUGUAAGCUACAGUGGUCUCUAGUAAAAAACAUUAAAGAUAUUUUUACAAUUGCCUGUGCUAUAACAAAUUUGUCAAGUUCAAUAUUAGCAGACCGUAGAUAUUUAACGAAUUAAGUUAUGUUUUUUUUAGAAUAGAAUAGAAUAAUUUUUAUUUGCAUUAAAUUUUUACAUAUUUUAGCAAAUUUAAUAACGUCAAGUUAUUAGUAUGUAGAUAUUAAAUAACUAUUAUUAUGUUUUUUGUUAAAUAUUUAAGUAGUUAGGUUAGGUAUUUCAGUGUUUAGAUCAAAAACUUAAUUUUUGUUUAAAUAAAAAUAACUUCCUAAAGUUUUACUGUUGUACUAGAGUACUUUCAAGUUUUGUGAUAUUGGUAAAAUCAAAUGAAAAUAUUCUUUUGUGACAUAAUUUUUUUAUAAUCCAUCACUGGACACUGUUCCUUUUAGGGCAAAACCAGACGGACCAUGCUGCAGUGUUAUGCUGUGGAUCCACAAAAGUAGUUUCCGAUGGUUUACUGUGGGUUCUUACAUGUAGAGUGGAUGUUACACCCCAGACGAGCGACUGUAGCUGGCCACAGUCGCUCGUCUGGGGUGUACUCUCCAAUAUACCUAAGAACCCACGGUAAAUCAUCGGAAACUACUUUUGUGGAUCCACAGCGUAGCACUGCAGCGUGGUUUUUCUGGUUUUGCCCUUAUUUUCAACUUAAUGUGUAGUUCUUUACUGUUAGCUUAGUACAUUAAUCAAAAAUAAAUUAAAAAUCUUUUUUAAUGUACUAACAAUUUAGUGAGAAAUUGUAUUUAGUAAAUAUAACAUUUGUAAUUAAUAGUAAUGAAAAAAAUCAGCAUACACUCCGUACAAUAUACUGUUCACUUCCUCCAUGUCAUAGCAUGUGACGUCACAUGAGACCAACACGAAAUGUUUAAAUAAUAGGUCUGUUUCUAUUUAGAAUUGUUUAGCCGAGUACACUGGAAUUAAAGCCACUAGACAUAUUUUAUUAUAUAUGUGUAGAAAUAAUAUUGGAAGAUUUCUUUUAAUGUAAAUUUAAAGAAACAUACCCUAACUUGUUUCAUUUAAUUUGUAUAAGUGGAAUAUAAAGUGUUUUUAUAAAGCAUACUUGUUAGGAGUAUACUCUAACUGCAAUCGAAGAAGGGUAACAUUUUGGCAUAAAUUUUUUUUAUUUAAUUUCAAAUUUACAAUCUGCUCCACACUAACAUUGUAACAUUUAGAGUAAUAAGUAAAUAGUCGGAAAAACGAAAGAAUACCCAUGAACGAACAUAUAAAACACGCUGUAUUUUUCUGCCACUGUGUCACACAAAAAAUUGGCCAGCACAAGUACAUGUAAUAAUUAUUGUUACAUGUACUUGCACUGGACAAUUUUCUUUGUGACACGGUGACAGAAAAAUACAGGGUGUUUUAUAUGUUCGUUCAUGGGUAUUCUUUCAUUUUUCCGACUGUAGUUUGUAGUAUGUAUGUACCUGGUACCAUUCAGCAAUUGCUCUCCAUACAGUUACUCAAGUAGGUUUCUUAUGAACAAAUUGUCAUGAUCUGAUGUUUGUUCUUUAUAUUUAUUCAGUCUAGAUGAUAUUUCAUCGGCUUACUGCCAAAACCAACCAACUCCAUUUUUAAAAGUUUUGAGAAACCUACCUUUAAACUUUAAUUUGAAAUGAAAAAUCAUCUGAAUUUAAAUAAUGAUUUAAUAAUUGAAAGGUACGACAAAAAUAUUUUUCAGUUAUUAAAUAAUUUUUUUAAAUUCAGUCGAUUUUCAAUUUCAAAUUAAAGUUUAAAAGGUAGAUUUCCCAAAACUUUUAAAAUGGAGUUGGUUGGUUUUGGCAGUAAGCCGACGAUUUCAUCUUUUAUUAAUGGGGUUUUUAGAUCACUAUGUAUGAUUAGAAUUGUUACAUACUAAGGUGCUCCAGAUAUCAUACGAAGUGUCUUUUACUGAAAUGACUAAUAUUUUGAUAUUUGAUGGCUUUGUACAUCCCCAGAGCUCAAUCCCAUAUGUCCAAAUUGGCUUUUGUAUAUAUUUGUAGAUGGUCAGUUUGUUUUCAAGUGAUAGUUUGGACUUUCUAUUGAGUAUCCAGUAUAUAUUUUUACUUUUCAGAUUAAGUUGGCUUCUUUUUGCUUUUUUGUGUCUUACAUGUCAGUUUCUCAUCCAAAUCUAGAAAGGAUAUCCAGGUGAUAUUGCAGCUUCUCAGAUGUUCUCAUCGGGUCCAUGUCCGAGGUUAUUAUUGCUGUAUCAUCUGCAAAUGUAGCUGUUGCAAUAUUGUCAGUUUGUGGGAGGUCUGCAGUAAAAAUUAGAUAGUGAUUUUUUAAUCCGUUGGCAUUCCAUACAGCAAUUCUUAAUGAGGAUGCCAUUAUUUAGCCAACUUAUUUAUUACUGUUGUAAGCAUGGUUAGAAUCAUGAUAUUCUGAUUUAGUUCUUAAAUUCAGAAAUCUUUGGAAAAAUUUAGUUCUUAAAUCCUAGAAAAAUUGUUGCUUCUCUGAAAGUUACUCAAUACCAUUUGUCUUUCGUCUGGUUGUUUAGGGCUUACGCCUAAGAAAAAGGAUUAUGUUGUAAAUUUUAUUGUUGGUCUGGAACCUAGACUUGCUAGGUGUUGAUUAGCUAUUCAGGAGCAGCUGGAUUUUGAUUAGCUAUUUAAUUUCCAUUAUUUUUGCAUUUUAUUUUAAUUAAAUCACCAUAGACAGUACUUCCUUUAUAAUUUACCAGGUGUUCACCAUUGCAUAAUGCGCAUCUUGCAGGAGUGUUUUUGGUGUAAGGCUAUAGGUCAAUGAAGUUUUAUGAAACUGGUUCCUUACUAUGUGAUGUGCAUAGUAUUUGUAACAUUUUUUAUUUUAUGGUCUUGUUUUUCAAGUUCAGCUUUUAUUUCAGAUGUAGGUAUUGAAUGGUGUAAACCUCUUAUAACCACCUAGUACGUUCUUUCUCCCUUCAACUGGUAUGUGUGGUGGAUUUGGCAUAAAUUGGUAACAUUCUUUAUUAGACAGUUGCGGUAUUGACACUUCAGAUUUGUUUUUAUUCUUUUAAGUAUUUGUUUUAUUACAUUUAUUAUAAAUUAUGUGAUAUAUUUGAUUUUAAAUGAAUUCAAGAAUUUUUUGUAAUUGGGCAACAAUGUCAACUUAGAUCUCUGACGUAGAUAAUAACAUAUAACGGUAUCAAUAUUGUACGAACUGUAUAUUAGUAUCAGUAUUAUUUUAAGUCAUUCUUCAUUUUAUUUUCUUGUUUCUCCUUGAUGUUAUACUGAUGAAAGCAAAUGAAGUACAUCCUGAUAAACGAGUUUCAUUGCCUUUCAUUAUUUAUUUGUCAAGUUGUAAAUAAAUGGGAUAAGUAGGUAGCGUUUUAGUUUUAAGUAGGGAAUGAUGGUAAACAUUUGCCUUUGAAUAUUAUCAUUUUUAUACAAAUAUAUUUGAAUUAUUCAAUAAGAGCUUGUAUAAAUCCAGUUUGAUUAUUAAUUAACAAACAAUUGUGGAUAUGUGACUUUAUUGUUUUCCUAAAAAUAAAAUAUUUGAUAUCCUUUGUUGCAACUGUAUAAAUUUAAAGGGUAAUGUGGAAUGGUAAUAAAAAAAUCUUUCAGCCUAACUAUAGUUUAUUAGAUUUACAAACAACAUGUAACAUAUUUUCAAAAAAAUUUUUCUUUACCACUGUGAGCAUUUGUUUUGAGAAAGUAUAAUUAAAUUCUAUUUUAAAUAUUUCCAUACUUUUAUCAAAAGAAGCAUAUAAACCAAAGUAACAGGUAGGAACGUUCAGUAAUGCCAUACCUAGUUGAACUUGUCCAUAAUAUUUAUGAUUUCUUUUUAAAACAUAUGUGUUACCUAUUUUCUCUAUAAAUUUUGUUGUAGACAGCACUUCCUUGAUGUUCUUAGUAGCCCCUGUAAAAUAUAGCUAUUAAAAUUUCUAUAAUUGAAGAACAUUAUUCCACAUUUUUAAAAGUGGUAUUUUUUAUGAAAAUAGUUUCUUACAAAGUAGAUGUAUGGUUCUAUAUGAGCCGUUGAACACCAGAGUGGACCAAGCUAAUUUUAUUUUCUGUGCUCUCUCGGUAUAUUAUUUUUAUAUAAUAUAUUAAUAUAUGCAUGAGUUAAAAGAAAUGACCAGAGACAGAGAUCUUUGGAGACGGACAAUACACGACAUCACGUCAACCACUACACUCCCUCCGGGGGGUCAGGAUUGAAGAGAGAGAUUAAUAUAUAAUAUUGACAUAUGGAUGCUUCAGAAGUCAAAUGGUGUAAGUCAUAUUCUGCAUAAAAAUUACUCAUGAGAUAUAACACAUAUUAAAUAUUACAGUUUGUAUUAUUAUUAUAUAAUAUAAUUACAAUUUCCUUGUUUUAUUAUGAUAAAAAAUGGAGAUUGUGUAUUUAUUUUUAAUGACUCCUUAUUUUUCUGAAACUACUAUCACAAAUGUUUUAGUAUCUCAUUUUUAACAUUUAUUAACUUGCACAGAUUGGCUUCUGAGACAUCGAUAUAUUACAGUAGCUUCGUCUGUGAGUGGGUGGAUGCACUAAUAUUUUUCAAAUUUUUUAGCAAAAUAGAUUACUGUUAAACAGAAUAAAAUUCUUGACAUAAAUGUAAAAUGAAAUUCUUGACUUAGACCACUCUGGUUUUUAAUGGCUCAUAUAACAGGUGUAGUGAUCUGGCUAACAUCCUAGAAGGUUAAGUUUGUAUGAAUAUGGUAUGAGAAAUGUACCUAUAAUACUUAACACAUUCCCUGCCAGCCAUAUUUUCAUAUAUGUACACUACAGACCAAUGUUAUUAAACUAGUUUUUUGUAUAUAAAGCCUUAUAUUGAGAAAAUCAGCCACGUUUUUGUAGAUUGUUUUAGUGAGGUUCCCGCAUAAUUUUUUUAACAAGUAUGUCAUACAUUGUAUUAUAUAUUGUAUAGUUUCUAAAUACAUUUGACUAAAAAUUCAA